AUGGCAGAUAGCAUAAUCAGAGAUGCUUUCGCAUCAAUUCGAGGCCAGGACGCGUCAUUAUCUGCUACGUCCUAUCUUGUCCUCUUAGCCGUCUUUUUUGUCGCGUCUACUUGGGUGUAUUCACGCUUUCAAAAGAACGAGCCAAAGGAUGACUUUCCUCCUUCGCUCAUUUCGCGCGGUAAAGGGUCCCUAUUCGGGCUCACCUCACGACACCAAAUCCUGCACAACCUCGACAACAUUGACAGAGUGUUCACCAAGGGGCCACAUAUUCUGAGCGCCGACGUUUUGGGAUUGCGUUUGGGCAUUCGUGUCUUUGGUGCUAAUCUGACUCAAGAUGUCUGCCAAAAGUUUAUGGCCAUAAACAGAAAGUUGACGCAGAUAAUUGAACGAUACUUUGUCAACGAGGCUUCGGCAACGGCUUCCAUCCAGGCCGCCCAUAUUCCGGAAAAAGUAGCCCAGCUGCUUAGCUUUUCAUCGGAUGCUAAGAAACAACACCAGUGGGAGCGAUGUGCGUCCCUUCGGGUUAUUUCGGCCGGUUCCAAAGAACAACCAGAUGCUGUUGAAGCAGAUCUUGAGUUGCUCAUGAGAGACUUUGGCGCCUGUGUCUCCAUUCCGCGACUAUAUGGUCAGGACUUUUUGGAUCGCAAUCACAACCUCCUUGAAGAUUUCUGGAAAUUUGACAACAACGCAUUCCCUCUACUCGUCAUUGGCGUGCCGACGUGGGCUCCCAUCAAGUCUUUCAAGGAGGCUCUCGCAGCUCGCACUCGCCUCCACGAUGCGCUCGAAGGGUUUUAUAACCGCAUAAAUCAGCAUAAGCGCGGCCUCGCAGUGGACUUUGACGCCGACAUGAGCGAUGUUAGUGCUGCAGCCAUGGAGAGAAAUAACUUUCUCGCGGAGCAUGAUGUCCCUAUGCGCGCACGAGCAGAGCUCGAACUAGGCACUUUUUGGGGCUUGAACGCCAACAUGCAACCGAUGGUUUUCUGGCUUCUGCUCUAUAUACACUCUACUCCUGGGCUAUUGGAUGAGUUGCGGGAGGAGGUCAGCUCUUGCAUAUCCUUGUCAACGGCAACUUACCCGCCGCAAAUCACCGCGUUUGACUUUUCACGACUGAGCCAUGAGUGUCCUCUUCUGAAGUCUUGCCUCUUCGAGACCUUUAGACUGGUUGAAGAACCAACAUCUAUUCGAUAUGUGUCAAAACCUUUGACGGUGCCUGAUGGCAACAUUGAGCACCACUUCAAGCCGGGAACCUGGCUUUCAGCCCCUCACGCCCUUCUCCAAUCCGAUCCAUCAAUCUUCCCCGAGCCCGACAAGUUUAUUCCGGAUAGGUUCAUUGAAACAGAUAAAGAGACAGGCGCCCGAGUCGCCCGAUAUGGAAAACUUAAACCAUGGGGAUCCGGAUCGGGAGUAUGCAAGGGAAGGACGUUUGCUGAGAAAGAGGUCAUGGGAAUUGUUGCUUGUUUCAUCACAUUGUGGGAUAUGGACAACGCUGAAGGCUCGUGGAAGCUCCCUAGCAUGAUUCCCGGUACUGGAGUCAAGCGCCCACAGAAGGCUAUCCGGGUUGUCAUCAAGCGCCGCAGUUUUGUAUAAACAGCUACAACUUGAAUCAUUCUUGUCUACAAGGAAUACGACAGGGCUGUUCAUAACCGUCACGAUGCGACAAUCGGCGGCAUUGUUGAAGCAAAGAGAAACUGCAACCCGACAAAUGCUGCGGGUAUUUAUACAGUAUCCAAGAUGUGGAUCGUUUUGCUCACAUAAUAUUUGACUGGGAUAAUUCUGAUGUGGUGUGUGGAUAUAGUACGAUAAGUAAAAUUGAG